AUGGAGAAGAUCAAGGGAUACAAGGAUCUCACGAUGACGGCGGAACUGGAUAACGAUAUUGCCACGGAUACAGAACUCCUGAAGCAACGUUACCAGAAAUUUAUUAAAGCAAGUUACCAAGUACGCUGGGCCUUGCAGAAUACGAACGCUACCGAGGAGCAAAUCGAGCAAGAUUACUCCACAGUAGCUGAAGUAGAAGAAGAAAUGAGCAGCAUACUCGCCUUCAGAAAAGAACAGCGCCAAAUUGAGGAGGACAGAAACCGAUUGCUUCAAGACCUGCUUACUCAACAGCAGCAGCUCUUCGCAACCCAAAUCCUCCAACAACAGCAAGCCCACGCCUUACAAAUUCAACAACUUAUGGCGCAAAACCAAGCACCAGCUCAAGUAGCAGCAGCAGCAGCUCCAAUUCAACAAGCAACACGUCUUCCCCAAAGACAAAUCAAGCACUUUAAAGGAGAUAUUCUUGAGUGGACAUCAUUCUGGGAGAGCUUUAAUGCCUCCAUUCACUCGUCUACAAUGUCGGAUGUCCAAAAAUUCGACUACUUAAAAGAAUAUCUAAAAGGGGAAGCGUACUUGUGCGUUGAAAAUCUGGAACUCACCGCAGCAAACUACAACAUUGCCAUAGCAGAGCUAAAAAGAGUCUACGCUAAACCAAAGGCUCUUAUUCAAACUCAUUUAUGCAAGUUUGACAACCUAGCUCCUGUCAAGACAAUGGCAGACGUAUCGGCGCUGAGAAAAUUGCAGCUCACAGUCCAGUCUCAUAUUAAUGCCUUGGAAACCCUCGGGGUUCGAAAAGAAUCAUUUGGAGGACUCCUUGGCACAAAACUAAUGAAAUUGCUUCCUGCAGAAUUGCAGAAAGAGUGGUCGAGCUCUGAAGAAAACGAAAUCACAGACAUUGCAUCCCUACUGAAUUUCAUCAGGGAUGAAGUUGACGCAGCGGAGAGGUACAGCCGAUGGAAAUCGGAAACCACAAAAACGCCACAACAGUCAACAUCGCCAAGUCCAGCGAAACCAAUACACGCUGCCACAGCAUCACAGCUGGCGAUUGGAGCCAGAUCACAACCAGCUCCACACACCAGCAAAAACUCCAGACAAUUUGUGCCACCGUCAAACACACCUUUUAGGAGACAGGACAAUUUUAUCAUGCGAGAAUGCACAAGACCAUGCAUUUUCUGCGGGGAAGUUCACUACCCCACGGUUUGUCCAGUGAACCUAAAAGAAAAAAAGGCCAUCAUCGCUAAGCUAAAAAGGUGCGUCAGAUGCUUCAGUGCAAACCACGAAACUCUGAACUGCACCACAAACUACACUUGCAAACAUUGCCAAGCCAUUCAUCACACGGCUCUCUGCGACAAAAAGCAGACACGUUUUGCGCACCAAACUGUUAAUGGCAACAGCGCCAUCACAAAUGUUACGGCGUCUGCUGCAAGCGCAAACACCCCAGGCAAUCUCGUGGUGAAGACAGCUACAGUAAAUGUAGUAGGCCCAAAUGGCAAACAAACAAGAGCCAUUUUAUUUAUAGACGACGGCAGCCAUAGAUCUUGGGUCACAAGAUCUAUUUCAAAAUUGUUGGAUCUCAAAGUGGUGGCAGUGGAAAACCUCGGUACCAGAGUUUUCAAGCAACGAAAACCCAAUCCAGUGGAGAAGACAAAUUCAGUCGAGCUGACAUUUAGGGGCACUUGGCAGGGUGCCCCACUCGUCAAAAUUACAGCACUAGAAACGGACUACAUUGGAGACACUGGUCCAUAUGCCCACACAACAUUCGCACAAAAAUUGUGGCUGGACAACGAAAGAAUGGCUGACGACAGGUUCGAGACAAACAGCCAGGAAAAAGAUGUCGGGAUUUUAAUAGGAGUCGACCAGAUGUUUGAAAUCAUCCCUAACGAAGCAGCUAUCCAAAGCCCGUGUGGCCUAAGGGCCUACAACACAAAGCUUGGGCGGAUGAUAGUUGGACCUUCUAAAGAAAAAAAUUCGAAAAAAGGCAAAGCAUUGAUCCAGCAAAUGCUGCAAUGCAGUAGUUUCUCAGCCCAAUCAGUAGCUUCAUAUGCAGCCGGCUGCCUCAAUUCAAACUACACUUUUACAACUCUUCCAGAAGAAAAGGAGAAAACGCCGGAUGUAAAGGAGAAAAAGGAAUCUUCAUCUCCCCACCCGACCUCUAUAGAAGAAAUUUCCAUAGAGAACUCCAUUAUUAAAAAAGAAAAAAAGAAGAUUGUAAAAGAAGAAUUAAAGCGGCAGACGGACUUUGACCUAUCCUUGUUUUGGAAGCUAGAACACUUUGCCAUUUUAGACGAUUGUGAUGCAGUGGAGCCAGACGAUCCUCUAGGCUCCUUUGGAGAAAAAAUCACCCGUCAAGAAGAUGGGCGAUACUGCACCCCAAUCCCAUGGAAAACGGAUAAGUGGAGGUUGGAGAAAAAUUUCCUGAUGGCUAAAGGAAGACUGGAGAGUCUUUUAAACAGACUCAAGAAAACGCCAGCGCUUCUAUCUGCUUACCACCAGGAGAUCGAGCAACUCAGAGUCCAAAACUUCGUAGAAAAGGCAGACCUAAACUACGAUGGACUCCACACUUAUCUGCCACAUCAUCCUGUCAUCCGACAGGAUAAAACAACCACGAAAAUCCGACCGGUCUUUGAUGGAGCGGCUAAGUCCAAAUUUGGACCAAGCCUCAACGACGUCCUAGAAACCGGUCCGAACCUGAAUCCUGACCUGCUAGCCGUUCUAAUGCGAUUCCGAUUAAAUCGGAUCGCAUGGAUAGCAGAUAUUGAAAAAGCUUUUUUAAACAUCGCCCUGCAUCCUGAAGACUCAGAAGCAGUACGAUUCCUGUGGGUAACGGAACCAGAAACAUCUGGCUCCCCUUUAUUUGCUUACAAAUGGAAGCGAGUUCCAUUUGGACUCAGUUCCAGCCCAUUCUUGCUUAGAGUUACCCUCAACAAGCAUUUGGAUGGAAUGGAGCCACUGUACUCCACUACAGUAAAACAGCUAAAAGAGAAAAUUUACGUCGACGACUACCUAGGUGGCGCCGACAGCAUUCCCACAGCCAAAAACAGGAUUCAGGAAACAAAGGCCAUCUUCCAGGAGGCUAAACUCAACAUGCGAAGCUGGGUGACAAACGACAAAACACUUCGCAAAUUUCUCAGUGAGAAGGGGCUUAUCAACCCCAUUGUCAAAAUCUUCACUCAGAAACUGGAAGAGGGCCAACCAAAGGUCCUAGGCAUUCGGUGGGACACCGAAUCUGACACAUUCCAAUUCGACCCCGCGCCUAUCAUUGAAGCCGCUACAGAAUUGGGAGACCUUGUCACCAAAAGAAAUAUCCUACGGAUAUCUGCAAGAGUGUUUGAUCCCAUUGGGUUCUUAGCACCCACUACACUCCUGCUAAAAACCAUCUACCAGAAGCUUUGGGAAGCAGAAAUUGACUGGGACGUCGAAGCGCCGCCGGAAAUUAGACAAACAUGGAUAGCUGCUAUGACUGGGUUGAACGAGUUCGCCAAAUUGAAAAUCCCUCGCUGGAUAGGCCACUCGAAAAGGGUCAUACAAUCAGCAGAAAUUCACGUCUUCGGUGAUGCUUCUGAGGCGGCGUAUGGAGCCGUUGCUUAUGCAAGGCUCCAAACAAAAAACAACGAAACCAGCAUUCACUUUCUAGCCAGUAAAACAAAAGUGGCCCCGCUCCCAAAGAAAAAAGUUACCCUACCUCGAUUGGAGUUAUUAGGCUCGCUUCUAGCCGCAAGGCUAGGAGAUAAACUGAAAAAUUUUCUCCACACAGAAUCAUGGCGAACCAUAUUUUGGGCAGACUCUUUGGUAGCACUUGGAUGGAUCAGAGGGGAUCCUAACAGAUGGAAACCAUUUGUUAGGAACCAAGUGGAAGCUAUAAAAAAACUGUCUGGAGUAAGUUGGUGGCGGCACUGCCCGGGCAUACACAAUCCUGCGGAUCUUGCCUCGCGGGGAGCGCCAGCGUCAGCGCUGGUACACUCGGAGCUAUGGUGGAAUGGUCCACCAUGGCUAAAGGAAGAAACAGAAUGGCCGGAUUCAACACCCGAUGCAGGAGAAACAAGCAUCCACGAAAAGAUCGAAGCGGAAGCCAAAGGAAAAACCGUCAUGAUGUCGGUGGCUACCGUGGAACCAGCUACCCCAGUUCCUCUACAAGAAUCGCCCCAUCAACAGAACGCAAAUCAAAACUCCAAUCAAGAUAGGAGACGAAAAGGAGAUACUGGUAGACCAUCUGACAGUAGAGGAACUGACGAAGGCGGAGCUACUGAUCUACAGGCAGCUCCAAAAAGAAGCAUUUCCAAAGACGUUCCAAGACCUACAAGAGGAAGGCAACUACACCACAAGGAGAAAAUUGCCAAACUCCGACCCGUGUGGGAUGAAAGAGACAAGCUGAUCAGAGUGACCGGAAGGGUCGAAUUGGCACUCAGAGACAGGGACAUUGAACCUGCCAUACUGCUGCCCACUCACCACCCAGUUGUCAAAUUGCUCAUCGCAGACAGGCACGUCACACUUAAACACGCCGGAGUGAAAACUACCUUCUCCGAUCUAAGGGAACGUUUUUGGAUUAUCAAAGGGCGUCAGCAGACCAAAUCUGUUUGGCAUGCCUGCGUCAAGUGCCAACGGCUAACUUCACCACCAUUUACUGAAGUAGCUGCACCUCUACCACUGAAUCGCUUGAAACAAGCGAAAGCCUUCGAAAUCACGGGUGUGGAUUUCGCAGGGCCAUUGUAUUACAAACACCCAAUAUCACGUAAGAAACGCAAGCAAGCGGAACUUACGACCUCCGUGGAUCCCCCACAAACGGAUGAUCCAAGUGUGGAGAAUCCAGCCGAGCCUCCAGCCAUGGAACAAACGGAGGAAAAAGAAAACCUCAAAAAGAAGAAAAAGGGUACAAUCAAGCAACCCAAAAGUUAUGCCUGCUUAUUCACCUGUGCGGUGACUAGGGCCGUCCACCUGGAGUUGACUAAAACCAUGUCAGCACGUGACUUUCUCCUAGCCUUCAGAAGAUUUUCAGCUAGGAGAGGUAACGUGUCUGUCAUGUAUUCGGAUAACGCACAAACAUUUAGGUGCGUUUCCAAACACUUAAAGGUCUUGAGAUCCGAUCCAGCGAUCCAUGACCUUUUAGCCAUGCGAAAAACCGAGUGGAUCUUCUCCGCCAGCCUAGCCCCAUGGUGGGGAGGCUUCUGGGAACGCAUGGUUAGGACAAUGAAAGACCUACUACGGCGUUCCAAUGGCCGUGCGUGUCUAGAAUACGACGAGCUGGAAGUCAGUUUGAUCGAGACAGAAAGCGUAGUGAACGCAAGGCCACUCACCUACGUGGCAGAGGGGAGUGAUGAUCCACUUCCCAUCACUCCGAACCAAUUUCUGAACAACAGACGAUCUAAUUGCACUCCGCCGGAGCCAGCAAUUAACCUACUGACUCCCGACCCAACCAACGCACGACUCAUUGAAAUGGAUCGCCUACGCAGAGACUACGUCAAGGACACUUGCGAGCGAUUCGUGAAUGACUACUUGCUCCAAGUAGACAAUUUUCACUGCAAAGGAGGGCCUGGACGCAAGAUCCGAGUAGGCGAAGUUGUCAUCAUCCACGAUGACAACACGAAGCGACUUAUGUGGACAGUCGGUGUAGUGAAGGAGCUCAUUUCCAGCCGAGACGGGCUGAUUCGAUCGGUAACGGUCAAGACCCCUAACGGGAACUUGAUUAACCGAGCGAUUCAGUCCCUACACCCCCUGGAAUUACGCGAGGACCAGCCCGACGACGUUGAAAUACUACCCUCGCCGGAAAUGGAGCCGGAAGAAGACACAACUCCAUCCGUGUCAGCCGCCAGCCCGGUCGAAGAGAGCGAGCCGUGGAGCACGGGCUCUGGUGGGGAGUGUGUAGGGAAUAUAUUAGAUCCCCAACAGCAGACGACGCGGUAA